GGCCCUAACGUAUACUGUAGCAUUUCCCUAGAUUUUCGUAUACGUUUCUUUUCAAGAAUAAAACCCCUGGUUGAUUAGUCAAUUAGAGAAGGAUUCUCAAUUCGUGAGCUUAAUUUCAGAGCUUUAUUUUGGCCGGAAUCUAACAACGAUGCUCAGUAACCGUAUAUCAACGUUUCUGCGGCUAGCCGCGCAAGAGCAACAAUGGCAACAGCAGAGGGGAAUGGCCACUCUUAAAGCAAUCUCUAUACGUUUGAAAUCUGUCAAGAAUAUUCAAAAGAUUACUCAAUCCAUGAAGAUGGUAUCAGCAGCCAAGUAUAAUCGAGCAGAACGUGAUUUAAAGCAGGCUCGUCCCCUCGGCAUCGGCACAAAGGUGUUCUACGAGCAGGCUGAGAUCCAAGCACCACCAGAGGAACCGAAAAAGCUUGUUAUUGCUGUGACCAGCGAUCGUGGUCUCUGCGGCGCCGUUCAUACUGGUGUAUCUCGCAACAUUCGCGACCGGUUAUUAGCCGAUUCUAAGGAACGUGAGGACACGAAGAUCAUAUGCAUUGGUGAGAAGUCUCGUGCCAUUCUUCAACGGCAGUUCGCGAAUAACAUACUCUUCGUCGCUUCCGAGGUCGGUCGCAAACCACCCACAUUCAAUGAUGCUGCUAAAAUAGCUAUACAGAUAUUGAACAGUGGUUAUUCCUUUGGCAGUGGACGUAUAGUGUACAACAGAUUUAAAUCUGUGGUAUCGUACGCGAUUGAUGAUCUACCAUUGUUUGAUAAGAAUGCAGUAGUUACUGCGCCAAAAUUGUCGGUGUAUGAUUCGCUCGAUGAUGAGGUGAUACAGAGCUAUCUCGAGUUCUCUCUUGCUUCGCUGUUAUUUUACUCGAUGAAGGAAGGUGCCUGCAGCGAGCAGUCCAGCCGUAUGACAGCUAUGGAUAAUGCUAGCAAGAACGCCGGAGAGAUGAUCGACAAACUCACUCUCACUUUCAACCGCACUCGACAGGCUGUGAUCACCAGGGAACUGAUCGAAAUUAUUUCUGGUGCCGCUGCUCUGGAUUAAAAAUGUUCCGGAGGAGAAAUUUAGUUUACCAAUUUAUAGUGCCGGCAAAUAGGAAGAGAACGUUGUCGGAAAAGAAGAAAUGACGGGGAAACAA